AUGAGCGCGCGCUCCGUGUCGCCGAAGGUGCUGCUCGAUAUAAGCUACAAGCAAACGCUGCCCAGCAUCAUGGAGCUGCAGCACAAUGUAAUUAAGCUGAUCCAAGAGGAGCAGCAGGCUUAUAUGCAGGCGGCCAGUGGACAUCACUACAUGCAGCAGCCUUCACCUGUGCAGCAAACACAACAACAACAGCAGCAACAACAGCAACAGCAGCAGCACUAUGCAGAUUAUGCGGCCUAUGGCAUCACAGAGCUGGAGGAGACAGACUACAACAUACCGAGCAGCGAGAUUUUGAGCACCAGUAGCAAUCACAGUGCACACAGCUCGGGCACGCCGCCCACACAGCCGCAUGGGCCGCCGAUGGAGCUGAACAAUAACAACAGCUGCCACACUUUUGCCCACCACCAGCAACCACAGCAAGAUGAACUGACCGCCUCCCACGAUUACAUUCUCAACGAACAUGGCAAGCGAGUGAGGAGUAGUAGCGACUACGCCAAUAGCCUACUCCAGCCGGAGCACAAGAAAUCGCUGGUGCAGCAACAACAGCCAAACGGAAACGGAUACAUGGACUACUUGCCCACCACAUUGGACGAGGUGGCCCAAGGGAAUCAGAACAGCGCUUGCGCAUCGCCCCACUUCGAAUUUUCUUCCGCUGCAGAGGAUGAGGAGCUGCUCGAGCACAAAACCAAUGUAUUCAAGUAUAGCAGCUACAACGGCCACACUGCCCCUCAGCCACAACAGCAUCAGGCAGUUCCGCCUCUGCUGCACUUCCACGGCAGCAAUUACCGCCAGCAGCCACCUGCCACGCCCUACGACGCCUACGAGCCGGCCAACUCGCUCAACGGCAGCGCCUACUCCAAUUCCGAUCGCGACGAUGGCUACGCGGCUAUGAGCGGUUAUGCCAAGGAUGAGGAUCUGGAGCUAGGCAUAGGCCCCAACUGUCUGGCGGAAGAUGGCAGCCUGCUUCAUGAUGAGUCGGCAGGAAACAAGGCAUUCCGAAAGCCCCGGCGGCGCAUCAAACGGAAGCCCAGCAAGUGCGAGGAAACGGAUGAGUUCAGCAACCAGCGGGUGAUGGCCAAUGUGCGGGAGCGCCAGCGCACACAGAGCCUCAACGAUGCAUUCAAGGCCCUCCAACAGAUAAUACCCACACUGCCCAGCGAUAAGCUGAGCAAGAUACAAACGCUCAAGCUAGCCACGAGAUACAUUGAUUUUCUCUGCCGCAUGCUCAGCUCCAGCGACAUAUCCCUGCUGAAGGCGCUCGAUGCGAGUAGUGGCAAUGGUCAAAAUGGAUCCAGCUAUGCCAGCACGCUUUUGAGCGCCGCCGCGAAUGGCGCCGAGGCUGAUCUCAAGUGUCUGCGCAAGGCGAAUGGUGCGCCAAUCAUACCGCCGGAGAAGCUGAGCUAUUUGUUCGGAGUCUGGCGGAUGGAGGGCGAUGCACAGCAUCAGAAGGCAUAGCAAAGGCCGUGCUGUCCAUGAUGCGGAUGCAAAUGCAGAUACGGAUACUGAUGCGGAUACGGAUAGUGAUGAUGCCAAUGUGGUUGUUUGGGGCUUCCAUAACGACGAGAAUUCCAUUGUGAGGGCGGCGAGCGGCCAGCACUUUUUAGCACUUUCCAUUUAGCUUACUAAGUAUAAUAAAUACUAUUUAAAAUUAUUUAAAGCGCCAAAAUGUUAACUC